GGCCCAGCCCACAACGCCCCGGGCGAACCAACUAAACCCUAGUCCCCAAUCUCCCUCCGUCGGCACGGCCAUCAGCCUUCCUCGCCGCCGGCCGCGAUGCUGAAGGGGAUGAUCUCGUCGAUAUCCUGGGUGCCCAAGGGCGCCGCCAAGAACGUCCCCGUCGUCGCCGAGCCGCCCACGCAGGAAGAGAUCGACGAGGCCAUCAAAACCUUCACCUUGGACAGAGAUGGCGGGAGUGACGCCGACGAGGACGAUGAUGCUGGAACCAUGGACGUCGACGGUCAAGCCGAGGCUGAGGGGGAGACGGAGGAGGUCGACGAGAUCGCCCAGGCCAAGGCUGCCGCCAAGGCGCUAGCAAAGGGGGUUGACAAUGUCGCUGAUGAGCUCCUCGAGCUCAACAUGGAUAAUUACGACGAUGAGGAGGAUGGGCUCGAGAUUUUCAGCACCGGGUUGGGGGAUUUGUACUAUCCAAGCAACGACAUGGACCCCUAUCUCAAGAAAAAUGAUGAUGAUGACGAUGACGAAGAUGAUGAGGAGAUUGAAGACAAGACUAUCAAGCCUACCGAUUUUGUUAUUGUUUGUGCACACAGCGAGGAUGACAUCUACUCUCUUCAGGUCAAUAUACUUGAAGAGUCAGAGGAUGGCGAGCAAAAUAUGUUUGUGCAUCAUGAUGUUCCACUCCCUGAUUUUCCACUAUGCACUGCUUGGAUGGAUUCUAAUCUUAAGGGUGGCGAUAAAGGGAAUUUUAUAGCAGUUGGAACCAUGGAUCCUGCAAUUGAAAUAUGGGACUUAGAUAUGGUUGAUGAGGUGCAACCUCAUAUGGUUCUAGGAGGACUUUCAAAAAAGAAAAAAAAGGCAAAGGGCAAAAAGGGGAAAAAAUACAAAAAGGGGAGCCAUAGAAGUUCUGUGCUUGGCCUUGCAUGGAACAAGGAAGUGAGGAAUGUUCUAGCUAGUGCCAGUGCGGACAAAACUGUUAAAAUUUGGGAUGUAGCUGUUGGUAAAUGCGCAGUCACAGUUGAACAUCAUGAUGACAAGGUUCAAGCAGUUGCAUGGAACCGACAGUCACCUGAAAUUCUUCUUAGCGGAUCUUUCGAUAGAACAGUUGCCAUGAAUGAUAUGAAAGAUGGUGGACAGAGCUGCCAUAAAUGGUCUGUUGAAGCAGACGUGGAAAGCUUAGCUUGGGAUCCACACAAUGAACACUCGUUUGUGGUUAGUCUUGAAAAUGGGAUUGUCCAAGCAUUCGAUAAGCGAACAGCUUCAUCAAAAUCAUCUGGUCGGCCCACAUUUACUCUGCAUGCACACGAAAAGGCUGUUUCUACCAUCUCCUUCAGCCCGUCUGCCCCUAAUUUUCUUGCAACAGGCUCAACCGAUAAGAUGGUGAAACUCUGGGAUUUAUCAAACAACCAGCCGUCAUGUGUUGCUUCUCUGAAUCCGAAGCUUGGAGCUAUUUUUUCGGUAUCAUUUUCAAAUGACAAUCCCUUCUUGUUAGCUUGUGGUGGAUCAAAAGGCAAACUAAAAGUCUGGAACACACUAACGGAGUCAGCGGUAGCUAAUAAAUUUAACAGGUAGAACUGAAAUAUCACCGGCACUGAAGGGGGAUGGAUACUUGUGGCGCCAGAAAGACAAUAGCAUUCAAAUUUUACACAUGCGUGGGUAGAUUGAUUUUAUGGUAGAAGUUUUGUCCAUGUGAUGAAAGCCUAGUUUUAGUGAAUGAAUGAGAUCAAAGCAUUGAUUUAUGUAUUUUGGUGCUUGUACAACAAAUGACUCUAGGCAAGGUUUUGGAGUGGAACUAUCAAGUUAUGACGCAUUGGCUCAA